AUGGCUGCUGUUAUUGAAAUAGUCCAGAUGGUUUUUUUGGAGGAGACUCUGGGGGCCAAUGCAGGCCGCGGUUGUUCAUCGCCUAGCAACCGGAGGAGCCAAUGGGAGGCGGCUGAGCCUGCGGCGCCGGCGGCGCGGGGGCGGGGUGGGAACCUAGCGAACCUGCCCAGGCUGGGGGUGGCCACGAGGGGAGGAGCGGAGCCCGGCCAAGGGCGGGGAAGGCGGGAGCCCGAGGCGGAGGCGGGGCCGCCGGCGCGGGGCGCUGCGUGCCGCGGCGCCUGUGCGGGCCCCCAGGGCUGCGAGAGUCGGCUUAAGACGGCGAGCGGUGCCUCCCCCGCCGCUCUCGGGGGCGGUGACGGUGAGAAUUCUUCUCCCCCCGCCACGCGAACGGGGAUUGUGACGCGCCCGCCUGGAGAGGGGCGGGGGCACCGGCGGGGCCUGGGGUGGGCGCCGGCUGGGAGCCAGAGGGCGGGUGCGGAGGUGAGCGCCGGCACCUGGCUCGGCGCCCCGCUCCUCUGCGAGAGGCUUGGCGCGGCCGUUGGGGCCGUUGGAGGAGGCGGGCGAGCUUUGACCCCGGCCGUGGCUGGAGGAGGAGGUGGGAGGUAG